AUGAGGACAGCCUGGCUAUGGCUGCUGGGAACUGGGAUCCUGGCCUCUAUCCAUUGCCAGCCCUUUCCUGCCCAUGGAGACAAGAGUCUAGGGGUGCCUCAAAUCCCCAGCCACCAGCUCUCAGAGCCAGCCCCUGCCUACCACAAAGUCACAUCCACCAUUACCAGCUUUGCUUUGCAUCUGUAUAAGCAGCUGGCAGCAGGUGUCCCAGGGAACAUCCUCUUCUCCCCGGUCAGCCUCUCUAGCACCCUGGCCCUGCUCUCUCUUGGGGCCCAAGCUGACACCCCAGCUCGGAUCCUGGAGGGCCUGGGCUUCAACCUCACAGAGACCCCAGCAGCUGACAUCCACAGGGGCUUCCAGAGCCUCCUGCGUGCCCUUGACCUGCCAAGUCCCAAGCUGGAACUAAAAAUAAGAAACUCCUUAUUUCUAGACAAGCAGCUAAAGCCUCAGCAGCACUUUUUGGACCGUGUCAAGGAGCUGUAUGGAGCCUUUGCUUUUUCCGCCAACUUCACAAAUUCUGCCACCACUGGACAGAUCAAUGACUAUGUGAAGAAGCAGACAUACGGGCAGAUCAUCGACUGCCUCCAGGAGUUCAGCCAAGACACACUCAUGGUUCUCCUCAACUACAUCUUCUUCAAAGCCAAGUGGAAGCAUCCUUUCGAUCGCUACCAGACUCGAAAACAGGACAGCUUCUUCUUGAAUGAGAGGACCUCCAUCCGUGUCCCCAUGAUGCAACAAAGGGAAAUGCACAGAUUCCUCUAUGACCAGGAGGUGGCGUGCACCGUCCUCCAGAUAGAGUACAGUGGCACUGCCCUGUUGGUGCUGGUCCUCCCCGACCCGGGCAAAAUGCAGCAGGUAGAGGCUGCUCUGCAGCCAGAGACCCUAAGAAAGUGGGGCCAACGUUUCCUGCCCAGUCUGUUGGACCUGCACUUGCCAAGGUUUUCAAUUUCUGGAACAUAUAACCUGGAAGAGAUCCUUCCCCAAAUUGGUCUCACAAACAUAUUUGAUAUGGAAGCUGACAUAUCAGGAAUCACAGGGCAGCCCAACAAGACCAUCUCCCGGGUGUCACACAAGGCAGUGGUGGACAUAAAUGAGAAGGGAACUGAGGCAGGGGCUACCUCUGGCCUCCUCUCUCAGCCCCCACCCCUGAACAUGACAUCGGUCCCUUUUGCCCAGUUCAACAGGCCUUUUCUGCUACUUCUCUGGGAGGUGACCACCCAGAGUCUGCUCUUCCUGGGAAAAGUGGUCAAUCCUGCUGCGGGGUGA